AUGAAAUUCAAGGGCAAACCAAUUUUUGCAAAAAAUAAACUUUCACACCCAAUUGGAGUUGCAAGAGUGUUUACUGUCUAUUUGCUUUGUACUUGGUUGCAGUCAAAGUUUUAUUUAUGUUCCCUUCUUUGUCAGCUAAUUUAUCUUUCUCUCCCUCUACCUAUCCACCUCUCUCUCCCUAUCCUCCACUCUAAAUAUCUCUCCCUCUCCUCUUCCUCUCUAUAUCUCUCAUCACUAUUCUUCUUCUCCUUUAUUUCUCCUUCUCCUCCUCUCUGUAUAUUUCCUCUCUCUCUCUCUCUCUCUCUCUCUCUCUCGUUAUCCUCCUCUCUGUAUAUUUCCUCUCUCUCUAUUCCUAUCCUACUUUCUGUAUAUCUCCCCUUUCUCCCUAUCCUCUGCUCUCUAUAUCCCCUCUCUAUCCCCCUCUAUAUAUCUCCUCUCUCUCCCUCUUCUUUUUUCUGUAUAUCUCCUCUCUCUACCUCCCCCAUCAUUUUUUCUAUAUAUCUCCUCUCUACUUCUCCCUAUCUUCCUCUCUAUAUAUCUCCUCUCUCUCUCUUUCCUUUUAUAUCUUCUUUAUCUAUCUCUCCCUAUUCUCCCCUCUAUAUAUCUGCUCUCUUUCCCCAUCCUCUUUCUCACUCUAUCUUGAUAUAUUUCCUCCCUCUUCCUAUUCUCUACGCUAUAUAUAUCUCCUCUCACUCCCUCUCCAUCUAA